CAUGUGGUAGAUGCCAGGGAAGAAGGGAGACGUCGCCAGUCACUGGCUACACACAUAUCACCAAUUCGCAGACCUGUUUCUUUGCCAAUCUCGCCUCCAGCAGCACGAUCCCCUCCGCUCGAGGCGAAAAUUGAUACAGCAUCAAUAAUAGCGACACCACCAGGAAGUGGAGAGUCUUCUAUAUCGGAACCCCCAGAUAAAAGCCAAGAUCCAAAUCAGGGUCAGGAUCAGACGUACUACACCGCUCAUGGGCGGUUUGCUAGCGAAGUUAUAGCUACAAUCGAUGUUAGAACGGGGAUAGCCCCUGCUUCUACUUCAAACCUUGUCCCGUUCGUGGAUGCGCCCUUGUUUGGAGAACUAGACCUGGAUUCCCCGCAAAAUGCAAUAGGGUCGUCCAUGGAAUUACCUUCGCGUGCAUAUGCCGAUAGCCUUGUCGCUAUAUACUGGCAACAUCCCGAGCCCGUGGAGCCAAUAUUAGACCGAGAACGUUUUUUACGCAGCUACGAUGCGUUAUACACUAGCCCUGAUGCUUUUACUCACACUGAUCGUGAAAUCUGGCUCUGCAUACUUAAUAUUGUCUUUGCUCUCGCAGUACAGAUAUAUGAAUUAACCCCUCUGAAAAGACGGCAAGAAGAGGCAAAUCGUUAUUUUCAACGCGCCUGGGCAGUUCUUCGUCCCGAGACCAUUCUUUGGAAGCCUGGGUCGAUCGAGCUGGUGCAGUGCUUGAUGCUCAUGAACCGAUACCUCCACUGCACGAAUAACCAACACAAGACAUGGAUUACGGCGGGUUUGGCCAUAAGAAUUGCACAGAGUAUGUGUUUUAAUCUCCCAGAAGGAUCCAAAGAUUCUUCUAAUGACAGGCGGUUGAAACAACGAGUAUGGGCUAGCUGUGUUGCCCUAGACAGAUGCGUUUCUUGGUCCCUCGGUAGGACAUUGGCGCCGUCCCUUAUUCUAUUACCGAAUAGCGUUGACUCCAUGUCUCUAACCGGCAACUACCAACAAGACAAGGAUGCUGAGCGUCUUAGACGGGGGUUGGAGUUUCAUGAAAUUGGAAAUCAGAUUCAACUGGCACAAACACAGACCAGGCUCGGCGUAGCUGCCAAGUUGGGACUCCCACGCUUGUAUCAACAAGAGGAGUACCACGCUGUAGCUGUGCAGUUGGAUACAUCCCUCAACAAGUGGGAAAAAAGCCUUCCUACCCAUCUGAAGCGGCAGAAUCUUGCCAGUAUCGUCGACAAAGAGUCUCGAACAAAAGGAUAUUUGCUUCAUCUUCGACCCAUGCUCGCACGCUUCUAUUCUUUAAAGUCUCGUGUAGUAACAGCCGAGACAUUUGAACCCCCCAGCUUGAGCGAUCGACUUCUCCGACAAUGGGCCGGAAUGUGCGUCGAGGCAGCACAAAGGGCCGCGUCAUUAAUCAUCGAGACACUUGAACCAGACGAGCCAAUUGGUAUCAUACCAUGGUGGUACCGAAUUUUCUAUCUACACAUCGCCGGGAUCAACUUCCUAGCAGCCAUGUUUGACCCGGACCUGUUUACAGAGUCGGUAUCACAAUCCUGGAACGACGUCAUGUCCGCCUUGCGCGCGCAUGAGCACCUGAGUACAUACGUUUCACAAUGCAUCCGAACAUUUGAAACGCUUUCGACGAGAAUCCUUCAUCUUCAGACGCGACAUGCAAAUCCCGAUCCCAGCGGCGAUUUCCCGUAUGACGAGGGGAUUUCUGGCUCAUUAUUUGACGACCUUUUCCAAAACCUGGGCUCUGACUUUGACAACUUUCUCUUUGGCGCGGAUGAUUCAUUAAGUGCUGUCGCAGAAAAGCCAUGA